AAAUGCUGAUUUUUUUAAACCUUGUCGCCUUCCCCUUCCUGCUGCUUAUUUUGGGGCGGGGGAUUAAACGAAAAUGCGGGGUGUAUAAUCAUCACCCUUGUCCUGCCCACAUCCGGCAAGAAAUGGCCUUUAUUUUAUUGAUUUGUGAUAGGAAAAGAGCGGUUAAACCUCUAGAAUAUAAUAUAAUCAUAAUAUCCAACCCGCGGGAUGGGCCCGUGUUUAUUUUAGGGAUGUACUCCCAUGGAAAUACUUGUUUAUUCGCCACCACCCAAACUGCACCCUUGUCACCGGGACGUGUUGUCUUGGGGCUCACUUGCCAACCAGGGCUGCUUUAUUAUCAUUUCUUUCUCUUUUAUCAUAAAUCUUUGGCCGGAUUAUUGUGCACUGAGGAUACCGCGGGCUCAGGAAACGGCAGAGCCGACCGGCGGCCACAAUGAGACCUCCGGCCCUCGCCUGAUCCUCCUCCCGCCCAGAAAAAUGAUCAACAAGUCUCGAGGGAAGAUCCUUGGGGUUCUGGCGCUGUUCCUGGUGGUGGUUUGGUACGCAAUCUACCGGGAAGAUGGGUACACGCAGCUCUUUUACUUCCCUGCGCAAGAAAACAAGACAACGUGUCCCCUCGGGGAGGUGGAAAAGAAAGCGGUGCAGCUCAUCGCCAACUACAGCCGGGAGCAGCCGCUCUUCUUGCAGCUCAAGGAUUAUUUUUGGGUGAAGACUCCGUCGCUCUAUGAGCUGCCCUACGGCACCAAAGGCAGCGAAGACGUUCUCCUGCGCUUGUUGUCCAUCACCCACUACUCCGUGCCCGAGAGCAUCCAGAGGCUGAAGUGCCGCAGGUGUGCAGUGGUUGGAAAUGGCCACCGGCUGCGCAACAGCUCCAUGGGUGAGACCAUUGAUGCCUACGACAUCGUCAUCAGGUUAAACAACGCCCCGGUCCACGGUUACGAGCAGGACGUGGGUUCCAAAACCACCAUGAGGCUUUUUUACCCCGAAUCGGCUCAUUUUAACCCCCGGAGGGAAAACAACCCAGAGACGCUGCUGGUGCUGGUGCCCUUCAAACCUGCGGAUUUCCAGUGGCUGGAGGCAAUCCUCAACGACAAAAAAAGGGUUCGCAAAGGGUUUUGGAAACAGCCGCCGCUGAUCUGGGACGCUGACCCGCAACGCGUGCGCGUCCUCAACCCCUAUUUCAUGGAGGUGACGGCGGCCAAGCUGCUCAACCUGCCCAUGAAGCAGCCACGGAAAGUCAAACAGAAACCCACCACAGGGCUGUUGGCCAUCACCCUGGCGCUGCAUCUCUGCGACCUGGUGCACAUCGCUGGCUUCGGCUACCCCGACUUGGCCAACAAGAAGCAAACCAUCCACUACUACGAACAGAUCACGCUCAAGUCCAUGGCCGCGUCGGAGCACAACGUAUCCCAUGAGGCCAUGGCCAUCAAGCGGAUGCUGGAGCUGGGGCUGCUCAAGAACCUCACCUACUUCUGAGGCCACUGCGGGGACAACGACUCCACCACGGAGCGGGGGACACCAUGUCCUCAUCACCCCCUGGGGACAGGGCUGGGGGGGCCGUGCUGGCCCACAGGUCCCUCCGGUGUUGGGGACGGCUCUUUGGGGGGGCGCAGGGAGCCCCCCACGCCUGCCGCGCCUUUUGCUACCGGCACACUGACACUCCCCAGGACCUUGGUGGGGGGGAUUUUGGGGUUGGGGGGGUCCCUCCCAGCCGGCCUGGGGGGGCGGGCAGGGGGGUUCCCUUAAUCCCCUCAGAUUCAGACGAGGGCCCCACACAGGGGCUGAUUUUUGGGGGUCCUAAGAUCCCCCAUCUUGCCUCCUCCUCCCCAAGUAUUUAAUUCCCCCCCUUAUUUUUUAAAUGUUCUUUUUUACCAGGUCUUAGCGCUGGGGUGACCUUGGGGACCCUUGGCUGGGGGGGCAUUAAUUUAAUUAAUUUAAAAGCUUAUUUAUCAUGGAGCCUUCAUCCCCCUUGGGGACAAGUGGCCGUGGGUGAGGGGACAGGGGGGUGCUUGGCUCCAGGGAAUGGGGGUGUCCCCCCACAGGGUGCAGGGUCCCCUGUCGGGGGGACGCCCAAUAAAGGUCCCCUGUGUCCCCA